GUCUGGAGUCGGGAAUUUUGGGAAAAUAAGGCUGUGGGAAAAGAACGGGUCUGGACCUAAGACCUGGGACCCGAUGUUCUGAGGAGAGGGCAGAUGUUGUUUUUGUGUAACGGAACAUUUUAUCAUCCAAUACUAUGAAAUGACCCGUGUAAGGAGAGAAUGAGGAUACUUUGAGUUUCCUGGUCGAGUGUAACGGAUUUUACUUUGGAACCCGAUAGGACGAGGAGGAAGUGAGCAUAACCCAUGUUUUCUGAUUAAGGCGUCGUGAGUCAUGGGCAGCUUCAAGGGACAUGUCCUCCCUGGCUGCUUCUUCUUCAUAGCUGGGAUCUGGUGGACGGGGAAGCACUCGCUGUGGCACGCUACCCGCAGGAACAAGAGCGUGGGCUCGACCCGUCUGGCCAGCAGGGCCUCGCAGCGCCGCCUGGAGACGGCUGAGAGCGCCGUCAUCGUCUUCUUCUCCCUCGUGGGGAUGCUGGCGGAGCAGUUCGCGGCGGGCGGGCCCAGGCUCCACCUGUACGACUUUGCAGAGAAGCACUGGGAGCAGCUGCACAACUGGCAGCACGCCACCAUGUACCUGUUCUUCGGCCUGGCUGGGAUGGUGUCGCUGGUCAUCCACGCCACGGAGACGGCGCCGCUGGCGCUGGACCGGCUGAUGCUGGCGCUCGCCUUCUUUAACGAAGGAUUUCUCUUCCUCUACCACCUCCAUGGCAGGAAUAUGCUGGACAUCCACGUCCACCAGCUCCUGCUCUAUGCCGUCUUCGGUGGGGCUCUCGUCUCCUUCCUGGAGAUCUUCCACCGAGGCAACAUUGUCCUGGAGCUGCUCCGCUGCGCCCUCACCCUCCUGCAGGGCAGCUGGUUCUGGCAGAUUGGCUUUGUGCUGUACCCUCCCCGAGGCCCGGACUGGGACCUGAUGGAUCACAACAAUGCCAUGUUUGUCACCAUGUGUUACUCGUGGCACCUCGCCUUCGCCAUGCUCGUCGUGGGCGUGCUCUAUUGCACCGUCAGCUGUGUGGUUCGCUCCAGAUUGAAGAGGACUCCUCCUAUGGAAAUGGGACUUCUGAAGCCCAGAGAGAGGGACCCGGAGUCAGAGGAUGAGACUUUGUAAAGAGGACUGUUAUCCGCUUACAUUGUGACACUUAAAUCACAGGAAACAUUGUCUUCAGUUCCAGUUGUGGUGCGACCAAAGGCGAAGCAUGGAGACCCCAGUAACAGGAGGGUCUGAAUGCUUUAUCUCUACCUCUGCCUUAAUCAGCCGUAUUUCCCUCUAGCCUUACUUUUAUUGCUAUUUGUUUAGCUGUGGUUCAGUGUUUGCAUAUAGUCUGCCAUAUUACUCUUCGAUUAUUAAUUUGCACACGUGAUAUGAACGUGAACUAAGGUUUUUGUGACAUGCGUUUCCUCUCGUUUCUACGUUUGGUACUGCCAUCAAACAGUCAUCAUCACUUUAUAUGUUACUUGAAAGUAUUGUGCUUUUUUAAAACAGUUUGUUUCUACUCGUGCGUUGAGUCACAUACAGUAUGCUGAGUUAAACUGAAUACCAAAGGGUUUGAAGAUUGCUUAGAUUGUUUGGAUUUUACUAUUUGACAUCAAUACAAACUAUGUUGUUGUUGUUUUAUGUAGAAUUUACUAACUGUGCCUUAAGGACUUAUUGCAUUGAUAAGUUGUCAUGCAUAUACAUCAUUUAGACAGUCCUCAAUACACAGAAUGACAAUACACGGCAUCUCUAUUUUAUAUGGAACGUAAAGUGACUGUAAGUGUUAUAUUUAUGAGCCAAAAGAUGGUGUUGAAGUGUAAAAAGAAAAUAAAUAUUUAGGAUCAGACAGAGUCUCAUGAACUCAUAUUCUAUUUACAACAAAACAUAAACAUAUCAGAUUGGAACUGAGACAUUUGACUAUUUCAUGGAAAAUAAUCCUCUAGCUCUCAUGCAUCUAGCCUGGUCCCUUAUGCACGACAGGCCUCCUGAAGGUGAAAACGUUUGACGAUAUAACUAAUCUAACUGCAGAUGGUGGGAUCUUAUCAUAUACACAAGAAAAAAUUGCUGAAAUGUAAAAAUGUCUCAGUCUCAACAUCUGAUAUGCUUUUUAUGUUCUAAAUAAAGUAUGGUUUUAAAAUUAUUACAUCGUUUUAUUUACAUUUUACACGUUGUCCCAUUAGUUGUAUUCAUUGUGCGGGGCUUAUGGAAUAAAGUGUUGCCUUUUUGAUGCAAUAUUAAGCAUUACUAAAUAAAUUGAUAUUUAACAACAA